GGCCGAUUUGUUUUGAAAAGUAAUUGAAAAGUACUCAACACACAAUCUCAAGCUUUCCUACUUUCUAUUGCCGGCAGUUUUAAGAUAAAAGGCCCAAAAGCAUCUCAGGAUGUCAGGAAAAUACAUUGAAGAGCUUCCCACAACAAGAGAAAUGGUUCAAAAGUACAAAAAUAAGCUGGAAAAAUGUUUGAGGGACUAUGAUGGAUUGAAUAAGACCCUCGCAGCUUUAAAAUUUCAGUUUGAAGACAGAGAAAAUCUUGAAUCAAGGAUUGAUUCCAUGGAAGAAAAUCUCCGAAUGACUAACAGUGUUUUAAGCAGGACGCAAGCCUUAUUAUUAAAAGAGCGCAAUAAUUGUCAACAAAUGGCUCUUCAUAUUGAUCUACUUAAAAAACAACAUGAAUUGGAUUGUGACAAACUAGAUCUCCUCUUGUCACUGGAUGGAAAACCUGUUCCAAGCCAUUAUUUUCAAGGAGAACUUGUUUUAAAACAACAUAUGGCAAAAAUGGAUAAACUGACAAAGGAACAGGCCUCAAAAUUACUUGAAGAGCGUUCUCUUUUGAAAGAAGAGUGGGACAGAGAGAGACGUUUAAACGAGAAAUGUAAAAAAGACAUGAGACAAAGAAUCCAGGAUUUGCAGGAAAAAGCUGUGCUAGCAAAUGAAAGCAGAAUACUUCAUAGCCAGAAGCAUUUACAGAAUUUUCUUUCUGGGAAGCCUGCUGAUGAAAAUGAUUAUAAUUUUCAUGGUGAUAGCAAUUCAAAUGUUUACGGAUCGAAGAUGGAUCAUUGUUCUGAUCAAGAAACCAAGAGGCUUAGGAAAAAGGUCGCAGAACUACAAAGCGAAAUAGAAUCGUGCAAUAAAAAAUUGACGGCGCAAAACAGUAUAAUUCAUGAAAUCAAGGACGAAUCUAAAAAAAGACAGGAAAAAUUUCUAGCACAGACGAAGUCUAUGAAGGAGAUAAUAGAGCGGUUAAAGGAGGAAAACAAUCAGUUGAACAAACGGAGACUAACCGAAGGUUCCGGUUUCCGCACUGAAAUCAAAUUAUUACAAGAUCAGCUUCAUAGAACUCAACGCCAGCUUUGUUUUUUAACCUUGAGAAAAUCUGAAGAAUGAAACUUUUCUCCUUACAUUCCCCCUUUUUUCCCAUCUCUUUAGUUUUUUGUUCCGUUUCCAAAAAAAAAAUUGACCUGAUUUUAUGAGUGACUAAUACGUGUGUUGAAUAAGUAGUAUACAUUGCGGCUUUCAUUUCACAAUCAUGCAGCUUUGCGCUUCUUCAGGUGGGGUCGGAACAAUUGUACCUACUACUUAAGGCCUGAAAACCGCGUUUACAUAGUUCGACCCUUUUUGUAGUUGGUCCUCCUCCUCACUCCUCACUUGUUUCUUCUCCAGCUCUUUGAGUUGCAUUGGCCAUACAAUAUUUUGCCGCUAGGUUCGCUCGUUAUGUCCUUCAAGAAUCUGGGCGUAAUUAAAGAAUUUACUUUUCAGGCCCUAAACAUGUACUGAGCUUUGCAAAACAGAUACAGAAUUGAAAAAAAAUCUCUGGGUGGUUAUCAGUUUCUGCGUCAAUCAAUUUUUUUAUUAUUCGUCCAAUGUCCAAGAUUUUUUUCAGAAAUCUACUUUAAAUAGGUUAAAAGAUGUCUCGUCUGAAAAACUUUUUUAAGCGAGGAAAUAACAAUCAAAGUGACUCAGGACCUUCUGAUAUUAGUGGUCCAGUGAGUGUUUCUCAUAAUGUUCAUGUUGCCCUCAACCAUCAAACAGGUGCUAUUGAAGGACUCCCUGAAGCCUGGCUGAAGUUGGUUAAUAAAGAAUUGACUCAGGGAGAAUUAAAUGAGAAUCCAGAUGCUGUCCUUCAAGCAGUUCAGUAUUUCAUGUUUUCUCAGAAACAAGGCCACAAAAAUUUACCUUUCAAGAUUUUGGCUACCAGAGAGAUAAUUGAAAAAGAAUCUAUGGAAAUUGAAAACAUGGGAUCAAGCAAAGUUGCGACUGCUAUGCUUGCUAGUGCUGCCGUGAAUCUCGGUAUGGCUUCUAUGACUUUACCUAGCAAACAGCCCCAAACACCUCCCGCUUUACCCGCCCGUUCACCUGUUGGUAUUACAACACCGACAACAUCUCCUCGGCCGUCCCUAUUCCCUACGGGCCAUGUUCCACCGCCCCUGCCUGCUGUUCCGCCUAAAGGUAGCCGUGUAUCCCUGGAAUCUACAAAUCUUGAUGACUGCGGACCUAAUUUCAACAAAACUGUCGUCGUUAAAGACGGUAAUUUAAGGGAAGCAAAGAAUGAACAAGAAGAUUUCGAUGGAGGAAGCCCACUUCUUAUUCGCAAAAAAGAAAUUAAAAUGGAUGGUAUGAUGUCUGAUGAUGAUGUUGAUUCCGCAUUAAGAAAGCUUUGCAAAUGUGGCAAUCCCUUUAUGCGUUAUGUUCGACUAAAAGAAGUUGGUGCUGGAGCGUCUGGCACGGUUUACAUUGCCAAUGAUUCAGAGUCAGAAGGGAAAAAUGAACGUGUUGCCAUCAAAGAGAUUGAUUUGUCAAAGCAACCUAAGCGCGAAAUGAUUCUGAAUGAAAUUUUCGUUAUGCGUGACAUCAUUCAUCCUAAUCUAGUCAAUUUUCUUGAUGCGUAUUACGACGAAGAUUUCCUUUAUGUGGUAAUGGAACUUCUAGAAGGAGGACCAUUAACUGAUGUCGUAACAGAAACGGUGCUCAAAGAAGGACAGAUUGCUGCUGUCUGCCGCGAAGUUCUUCUUGGAAUAACGUACUUACAUAGCAAAGGCAUUAUCCAUCGAGAUAUCAAAUCUGACAAUGUUUUGCUUGGCAUGGAUGGAACAGUAAAAGUGACAGAUUUUGGGUUUUGCGCAAAUAUCCAAGGCGAUGAGAAGCGCCAAACGAUGGUGGGAACUCCUUAUUGGAUGGCCCCAGAGGUUGUAACCAAAAAGAAGUAUGGUAAGAAGAUAGAUAUAUGGUCGCUUGGUAUCAUGGCCAUCGAAAUGAUAGACGGAGAGCCACCCUACCUUAAAGAAACUCAACUGAGAGCUUUGUUCUUGAUCGCGACGAAUGGUCGACCUCAAAUUCCGUCAUGGAACAAAUUGAGUCCCGAGUUUCAAAAUUUCUUAGAGCGGUGCUUAGAAGUAGAUGCAGACAAGCGAGCUUCCAGCGAGGAAUUACUCAAGCAUCCCUUUCUCCUCCGUGCUUCUGAUUUGCGAACUCUUAAAGGAAAUAUUCAAGCUGCUCAGCAAAUCUUGAAGAAAACGAUGUGAGAGAAACUGCCUUUACCCUAGCUGUUAAAUGACAAAGUCCCUUUAAACGAAAUGGGGUAUAAACUUGCGGGACCAAAACCGAGUGCCAAUACCAUUUUUAACGAAAAUGAUCCUUACAAAGAUUUUUGGGUGUUCCAUUUUGUUUUUUAACUUCGGACAAUCAUUUGACUAAAGUAUCUUAUUUGUUUUAAAUUUCAAGCUGUCGCUACCCCCCAAAACUAAGGUUUUCAUGGACCACUCUUUCUUUCCCUAGUCUUGUUCAUCAAGCCUUAACUUUCACAGUAUUUUAUGUUCCGUAAGACGGAUUGAUUGUCGCUUGGCUUUUAUCCUUAUGUGCAUUAAAUUGAUGCAAUAUACAACUGUGAACCUUC